AUGAAGAAAGAGGAAGAGCGAGGAAGAGGACCAAACAAAGCCAUAAAGCCCCUGUACUUACUGAAAGAGAGGAGAAUCCUGGAGAUGGCUCGGGAAAGCCCGUUCCUUUGCCAUGGAUAUGCAGGCUUCCAAACAGAGACCUGCGUGUUAUUCAUGAUGGAGUAUAUGGCUGGUGGGAGCCUGCAGUCAUAUAUGAAGAGGGUGGGCCGCCUCCCCGAGACUACAGCUGCAUUUUAUUCAGCUGAAAUAAUCUGCGGCAUCCAGUUCCUCCACGCUCGGGGAGUUAUACAUCGAGACCUGAAGCCGGACAACAUCUUGCUUGACGGAGAGGGCCAUGCCAAGAUCUGCGAUUUCGGUAUUGUCGCAGAAGGCAUUUUUGGAGGAGCAGAGACAAAAGGACACUGCGGAACAUUCACGUACAUGGCCCCCGAAAUACAUCUAAAGCAGGCAUACGGUGUUGCCGUGGACUGGUGGUCCUUCGGGGUGAUUCUAUUCCGCAUGCUUAACGGAAGGUUACCAUUCUAUCAUGGUAACUGCAAGAAGGCAGCGUUGGGUUCCAUUGUAAACGGAAGCCCUCGGUACGUCAAAGACCUCUCGGAAGACGCUGCAGACAUCCUGAAGCAUCUUUUGAUGAAAGAUCCUCAGCAUCGCCUCUGGAUCACGGGGUUUAUUAGGCGGCAUCCAUUCUUU